AUGGAGAUAGAGAGAGAGAAGGUAGAGAAGUCACUGACAAGGAGGAUUGAGUCCCGCGCCGCCAGCGAAAGAAUGUCGGAACAGGAGACGACUCCAGGGCAGGCCGCCUCCAGCUGGGAUUUGGCCUUUUCGAUGACGUCGAAUCCCCGAAGGCCCUCGUUGCCGAAGGCCAUGUUCUCCUGCUUCCCAUCAGGCCGAAAUAUCAGCACCGACCCCUCGCAGCCCUGUGAGAAUUCUCGCACCGUCAGCUGUUCCCACAUUCGUCAACGGGAAGGCGGCGGCGGCGGAUGCCGACCUGGAUGA